UGAGUUUAACGGUAGCAGAGAAGCACCAGCACUGGAGGACUUUAAAUUCUGUUUUAUUACUUUUAAACUCUUGAACUUGUGUAAUAAAUAAAAGAAGAGAGUGAGCGGGCGAGUGAAGAGGAGUGAACAUGGGUUGCUGUUACAGCAGCGAGAGUGAAACGUCUGAACAGAAUAACGAGGAGUACAAGCCACUAAUCCCGCACCCAAAUCCAGACAACAAGCCGCCAAAUGGAACGGAGCGGAACCCGGCCAACAUCUCGUCCAUUCGCACUGACGAACAGGCUCUGCUGUCAAUCAUCAAGAAUACUGCACAAAACAUUAUAGAUGUAUCAGCUGCAGACUUACAGGGAAUGGACCAGCACGAGUACAUGGACAAAGCCAGACAGUACAGUACAAAGCUGGCCGUGUUAAGUAGUACUCUAAGUCAGAAGAAGCCGACUCCUUUGCCGUCCCUCACCAGCCAACCUCACCAAGUCCUCGCCAGUGACCUAGUACCCCAGUCCGACAUCCAACAGGUGUGUAAGGUGGCGGCGUACGCAUACAGUGCCAUCUCUCAGAUCAAGGUGGAUGCCAAAGAAGAGCUGGUGGUGCAGUUUGCAAUCCCAUAAUAUUAUUUUCCCCUUGUUUCCCCUAAUCAAUAUCCAACCAUUAUCCAAUCAAACAUAGGGACAAUUUGCUCUGCCUCUUUUGUCACUCCUCCAAUCAGACUCCAGUUUUAACACUUUGUGGUUAAAGGCUAGUGCUUACUGCAGUAGCUAGGCGACAACCCUGUUGUUUCUCGUCCAGUCGGAUGCACCCGCAUGAUAUGUGUGAAAGUUAAUUCUUAAACUGCAAGUGUGUGUGAUGUGUGUGUGUGUGUGUGUGUGUGUGUGUGUGUUAAUAUGACUGUCACUUGAGCUUUUUAUUCUACUUAAAUGCCAGUGAUCAAGUAAAACGAAAUUGGCUUCAUACAAUGGGGUUAGCGCUACGCCGUUACCACCACUGAUAACAGCCGAAUUAGACUCCGCCUCCUCUUGGGUUACCAUGCAUACAGUCGAAUAAGUAAACAAGGGUGUUGUGAUGUCAUAACAAGCCAGACUGUGAGCUUUCAAAGAGACACUGUUGAUACGGUGGGUGGUAUUGAUUUCCAGCCUUCAUUAGCAUGUUUAAAUUAAUACGGGGCUGUAACAGAUGAUGGAACUGUAAUAAACUGCAGAUUGUAAAUGUUGCUGAACAGCAGGGUUCGAGAAAUAAAAUCCAUAAAGAAUGUGAUACUUAUAAUAAAGUUUAGUUAUAAUGUUAAACCUGACACAGUAGCACUCGCGAAUGCGGCACAGCAUCGACUGUUUCUUGAAAUGGUAAUCGGGUCUCAUUACGAUAUCAUGUUCUCCUCAGGCUGGAGUCUUAUCCUGUAUUCACGUGGACAUUCUUGGCAGCUGUCAAAAAAUGCAUUGAUAUGAGUGGAGUGAACCUCCCAGAUUACAGAUUGAUUAGUAUUUUCAACAGUAACCAGUAGUAUUUUCUUAUGCACAGUUUAAAAUGACAUGUUUUGUUAAAAAAGUUCAUAUUCUCUACAAGUAAAAACAAAAAUAUGGUAAAAUAUGGAAUCUGCCAAACCUUUUUCUCAUGCCACAUUAAACAGAGAUGUGCAAACUUUUGCAUAUGAUCAUUUAUUGUAGGAUGAUUUAAAUUGGGACACAGCAAGAGAUGCGUGUAAGGUACAGCCUUACUGUAAACUCGAUAUAGAAAAUAUAAACAUCAUGCUGCUGUAAUCAGUAUAAGCUGCAUAAAUAUGCAAACCAGCCCAAACUAAAAUUUCUGGUUUACACUUUUAACCAUUCUCCAUUCUUUCGGUUUUAAGUUGAUGUUGUGGAAGUGUUAAAUGAUGCUGAAUAGAUGGGCGUAAUUUACUUCUCCUUCAUAUCCUUGACUGACAUGAAUAAAUGAAGCUUCUUAUAAAAGGCCUUGUGUGUAUGGUUAAUCAAAUUACAGUGUGUUUUUAACAGAUGCCAAAAAUGUCCUUAUGAACUCAGCCUUAGUCUUUUCAUUUAUAGAUUCAUACCCGAGAGCAGCAGGGUGGUUGGUUAGGAGACAUUUUGGACAGCAGGGUGGUUGGUUAGUAGUCACCUUUGAAUGGUUUUCAGAUCUUUUUGAGCAUUUUAUCCUUACUUAUUCUGCUCUUGUGGUCCCUUCAGUGGGUGGAGUUAUGUUAAAAUGUAUAUUUCAGACAGAACUAAGCAGAGUGAUUGGUUGGCUAAACAAAUUUAAGGGGUCGCGGCUGUGAUAAAAACAGGGCGGAGUCUUACUAAUGAAUAUUUCUAACGUAUAACAGAUGCACGACUAGUUCUACCUAUUUUGCUGUUAUUCUUUUUCUAAUAAGAUAAUACCAAUUGCCCGACAUAUUUAUGGAUGAAAACUUUUAUUCCUGAUCAUUUAGAUGUAUUACUAUUAAAUUAAACUGCAGAAAGGAGAUUAAGAGUGGUUUACAGAGGGGGUCGGGCUAAAACUGUAGAAUUGUACAGUGUGUUAACGAAGCGAAAGGAUUUGUGCGCUCAUGCACUGUGCGCAUUACAACAGUAGCUAAUGUUUUUAUCCACAACAGGAAAUGCACUUUUACUCAAUCAAAAUUAGGCAUGUUUUGAUGUUCCAGUUUCCUAUCACAGUAAUAAACAUGCAUUUAUUGCUUAAUUAUUGCUCUGUAUCUGACCAUCAAUAUAGUUGUAGAAAAGGGCCACAUGGAAGCAUCCGUGAUACAUUUUGAGGUUUUGAGUAUCAUAGAAUUUCGUAAUAGUGAUUAUUGGAACAUGCCUAAUGUGUAUAUAAAACCAAGUCAAUUUCAUUAACCGCGUCAGUGACUGUUCUACUUCCAUAAUUAGCAGAAAUCUUUGUAAUUAUUUAUUUUUUUUCUUUUAAUAUUUUUGAGCUCCCAUGUGUGUAUAAACUCACCAUGUCACUAAAGGGAUUAAACAUG